AUGGCCUCAAAAGCCCUGCCAGCCCUUAUUCUACGCCAACUGCAACAGUCAGAGCCAGACGCCAAGUUCACGGCCACCCUUCCGCGCGUCCAGUCGUCGUCCGGCAAGCGCUACUUCGUCAAGAUCGGCUCUCCACGUGAGAUGGAGCAGUAUGUCGGCGAGGAAAAGUCCUUGCGCGCGAUGCAUGCUGCUGCCCCGGGUCUUGUGCCGCAGAUGAUUGCUUCAGGCGUCAUAGGUGCGGAUGGCGAAGCGACCGAUGGCAGUGGGAAACCGUACUUCGUGUCGGAGUACAAAGAUAUCGGGUCAUUGUCCGACAAAGGUGGGGUUCGGCUGGGAGAGAGGCUGGCGGAGAUGCACAGGUGCAAGAGUGAGAACGGCAAAUUUGGGUUCGACGUUCCGACGUUCUGUGGUGCGACGAGGAUGCGGAACGGGUGGUAUGAUACGUGGGAAGAGUGCUUUGAUGUGAAGAUCGGAGAUUUGCUGGGGAGCUUGAAGGAGGAGGGACGAAGUGCUGGGGUGGUGAAGAAGGGUGAGGAGAUUAGGCGGAGGGUGAUCCCGGCGUUAUUGGGGAAGCUGGAUGUCGAACCAGUGAUCCUUCAUGGUGAUCUAUGGAGUGGCAAUGCUGGGACAGACUCUGCGACAGGCGAACCUGUGAUCUUUGACCCAUCCUCUUACUACGGCCACAAUGAAGCCGAUCUAGCCAUUGCGCGUAUUUUCGGAGGCUUUCCAAAGUCUUUCUACAAGACGUAUGAGGAGCAUCUGCCCAGGACAGAGCCAGCCGAAGAGUACGAGUUGCGGGCUGACUUGUACGAGCUCUUUCAUUAUAUGAACCAUGCCGUGUUAUUCGGGGGUGGCGGGUACGCGUCGAGUGCGGAGAGGAAGAUGGACACAUUGUUGCGGUGGGCGGAUUCGAGUAAACUGUAG